UUAGUUAACUACUAUGGUUGUAAUUACAUUUAUUUAAAUGUCAAGGCUACGAACAUAUAUCAGUCAAGCAUCUUCAAUGGAUUUCUUUCGUUUUCGGGUUCAUAGGUUUUUUGCAUUGGAAUAGUUACAUUUGAUAACUAGAGGUAUUGGUAAGCUUGUGUACGAUUUCAUCAUGGUGGAUAUUUCCAAAAAUGAUGCUUUUUUGUUCAAUUGUCAAUCGGAUCCAGAAUAAAACCGGCUACCCUUUUUUCAUCCCCAAGCCCAAGUUGAUAGAAAUAGGCAAAGCCAUUAAGCAAUCAAGAAGAUACAUACUAGCAUUGUUCCAGAGUAGUUUCGAUAGCUUGAUAGCAAGAACAGAUGGAACUCGUGCCGUAGAUUGACUUGACUUUCUUUUGUAUGUUGUUCCAACAUUAAUCAUCGUACACCUUCCAACCCAGAGCUCCAAAAUGCAAUCAUUUCGCUGAUAAAAGGGUGUGGUCUUGCAUUAAAAUGGGAGGUUCAACAACAAACUCUGACCAGAAUGGAAACACUUGCAUGAAUUUCUUGUUGAACAGAUGGGUCAUAAAAACCUUAUCGCGUGCCGUAUUUCGACCAGUUCAAGACUAUUUAAUCCAUAUUCCGCUCAUUAUCAGAAAACAAGGUCCUCUAUGUGCUUACUCUACAAGAACCAUGGAGCGUACUAUAAGAAAAUAUUCCAAACUGAUCAGAUCUAAUAGACAAAGUGAAAAAAACUCUAGUAAUAUCAUCGAAAAAAUUGCACUUCCGGCUUGUGUUGGGAGAGUUAUAGAUGAGUACAUCUUAAAUUUAAUCGCAACAAGACCGUAUGAUGGUGAAUCAAGCUUUGUUGAUAGCCCAAACGAUACUGAGGGAAACAAUUAUACGAUUACAAAGACUGCACGCAUGUGGAAGGGAUCAGCUGUAUACAUGACUCAAAUUUACAGAUGGUAUACAAAAAAAGUGUCGCGUGGAAACCAGUAUGUCAUGUUCUACAGUCUAUAUCAGAAGUUAGUAUCAUGCGAUACCUUGAAAUGGACAGAAGCAAUUCUUGGCCAUGAUGGAGGUAAUGAGCCAACAUGGUGCUUCGACCCGUCACACGUCGAGCCCAGUGGUCAAGAUGAUGUCACCAACACAAACGCCCAAAUAGUGCUGCUAUGUGUUUGA